UAGUCAGUUCUAGUUCAUGCCAAUUAUAGAGAAUUCCCAUAUCAAUUUUUUGUUAGGUCUGUGAAAGAGCAUGUAACAAACAGAAUAUUUCAUAUAACACUUUAUAAUUAAAUAUGACACACAAGUCGUGUUUUGUUUAAUUAGUAUCCUCCAGUGUGUGUAAUAAAAACUCACGCGAGAACUACGCAGACUACGCUCUGUAUGAGGAAACGUUUGUUCACGUUUGUUGUGCUAACCUUACAAAUCUCAAGUUGGUGAAUCGAAAACAACCAUGGCUGAUGCCGCAGCGAGACAAUUGCAAUAUGAAUAUAAAGCUAAUUCUAAUCUUGUUUUACAAGCUGAUGUGCGAUUGAUAGAAAGACGUAGCAGAGAUGAAGCUACCGGUGAGGUUAUGUCCCUUGUUGGGAAGCUUGAUGGAACACGUAUGGGUGAUAGAGCUCAGCGUACUAAACCUGGAAAAGCAGAGGAACGAAAAGUCAAGCGUCAAAAGCGAGACGAAGCACAAUACGACUUUACACGAAUGAAAGGUGCAACGUUACUCUCCGAGGGUGUGGAUGAAAUGGUUGGAAUUGUUUAUCGUCCCAAAACGCAAGAAACACGGCAAACUUACGAAGUAUUAUUGAGUUUUAUUCAAGAAGCUUUAGGAGACCAGCCUAGAGAUAUUCUUUGCGGUGCUGCUGAUGAAGUACUAGCAGUCUUGAAGAAUGAUAGACUUAAAGAAAAAGAGAAAAAAAAGGAAACAGAAUUACUGUUAGGUUUGCUAGCAGAAGAAAGGUUUGCAUUGUUGGUUAAUCUUGGGAAAAAAAUAACUGACUUUGGGAACGAUGAAAAGAAUCCUACAAAUGAAGAAAAUAUAGAUGAAACUUAUGGAAUUAAUGUACAAUUUGAGGAAAGCAGCGAAGAAGAUGAUGAGGAUGUUUAUGGAGAGAUUAGAGAAAAUGACGACGAAGGCGACGAAGGUGAAGAAGCUAACGAUGACAGAGCUAUUCAUGCUGAAAAUUUAGGUGGCGCAGAAGAAAUGAAAAAAGAGAAGCCAUUGCAUCCUUUAGAUAUAGAUGCAUACUGGUUGCAAAGAAGAUUAAGCAGGAUUUACGAUGAUGCAAUGGUUUCACAAGCACGAGCUGCAGAAGUAUUAGCAGUUUUGAAAGAUGCUGGAGAUGAUCGUGACUGCGAAAAUCAAUUGGUACUUUUGUUAGGAUACGAUUGCUUCGAUUUCAUCAAACAGCUCAAGAAAUACAGACAUACAAUUGCUUAUUGCACUAUGUUGGCGUCUUCGCAGUCUGAAUCAGAACGACAAAAAAUUCGAAAUAGGAUGAACGAUGAUCCUGUAUUAGCAAAAAUUUUGCGUCAGUUGGAUACAGGCAAAGGCGAUGAUGAUGCUGACGAAACAAUGGAAGCAAGAGCGCAACGUAAAAGAAGAGAGGAGAACGAAGACACUGGAGGUCCUGGUGGGCAAGUUCAGGGUACAAGGAAUCUAAUAGAUUUAGACGAUCUUAUGUUUGCGCAAGGCAGUCAUUUCAUGGCAAAUAAACGUUGUCAGUUGCCCGAUGGAAGUUUUAGAAAGCAGCGAAAAGGUUACGAAGAAGUUCACGUGCCUGCAUUGAAACCGAAACCGUUCUCAGAAAAUGAGAAACUUCACCCCAUCGAUCAGUUACCGAAGUAUGUGCAACCUGCUUUCGAAGGUUUCAAAACGUUAAAUCGAAUUCAGAGCCGCUUAUACCAAACCGCUUUAGAAAGUGACGAGAAUCUAUUACUGUGUGCGCCGACGGGUGCCGGUAAAACUAACGUUGCACUUUUGUGUAUGAUGCGUGAAAUUGGAAAACAUAUCAAUUCCGAUGGUACAAUUAACACCGAUGAAUUCAAAAUAAUCUACGUUGCACCGAUGCGUUCGUUGGUACAAGAAAUGGUUGGAAACUUUGGCAAAAGAUUGUCUACGUAUAACUUAACUGUAUCAGAAUUGACGGGUGAUCAUCAAUUGACGAGGGAACAGAUAGCUGCAACACAAGUCAUAGUGUGCACUCCCGAGAAGUGGGAUAUCAUAACACGGAAAGGAGGCGAGAAAACUUUUACUUCAUUGGUCAGAUUGAUCAUCAUCGAUGAAAUUCAUUUGCUACACGACGAAAGAGGACCUGUUCUAGAAGCUUUGGUUGCUAGAACAAUCAGAAAUAUCGAAACAACGCAAGAGGAUGUAAGAUUGAUUGGUCUUUCGGCAACGUUACCAAAUUAUCAAGAUGUCGCAGCAUUUUUACGGAUAAAACCAGAAACAGGUUUAUUUUACUUUGAUAACAGUUUUAGACCUGUUGCAUUAGAACAACAGUAUAUAGGUAUCACAGAGAAAAAAGCGUUGAAACGUUUUCAAGUAAUGAACGAAAUUGUGUAUGAGAAGACGAUGGAACACGCAGGCAGAAAUCAAGUUCUUAUUUUUGUACACUCGCGAAAAGAGACAGGAAAAACAGCUCGUGCUAUCAGGGACAUGUGUUUAGAGAAAGACACGUUAGGGCAAUUCUUGAGAGAGGGAUCCGCAUCUAUGGAAGUUUUAAGGACAGAAGCUGAACAAGUUAAAAAUCAAGAACUUAAAGAUUUGUUGCCUUAUGGGUUUGCUAUUCAUCAUGCCGGUAUGACGAGAGUGGAUCGAACGUUGGUCGAGGAUCUUUUUGCGGAUAGACAUAUACAAGUUUUAGUAUCCACUGCAACCUUAGCUUGGGGUGUUAAUUUACCUGCACAUACAGUUAUUAUCAAAGGAACUCAGGUGUACAAUCCAGAGAAAGGCAGAUGGAUUGAAUUAGGAGCUCUAGACGUACUGCAAAUGUUAGGUAGAGCUGGUCGUCCACAGUACGAUACAAAAGGUGAAGGUAUUCUUAUCACAAAUCACAGUGAAUUGCAAUAUUAUUUGUCUCUUCUAAAUCAGCAACUACCCAUCGAGUCGCAGUUACUUAGUAAAAUGUCAGAUAUGUUAAAUGCAGAAAUUGUGUUGGGCACUAUACAAAAUAUUAGAGACGCCGUCACUUGGUUGGGUUACACAUACUUGUACAUUAGAAUGCUUCGCUGUCCAAAUUUAUAUGGCAUAAGUCACGACAAGUUGAAAGAUGAUCCGUUACUCGAAUUGCAUAGAGCGGAUCUUAUUCAUUCUGCUGCGGUAGGAUUAGAUCGGAGCGGUUUAAUUAAAUAUGACCGAAAGAGCGGCAAUUUCCAAGCUACCGAAUUAGGUCGUAUAGCAUCGCAUUAUUACUGUACUCAUGAAACUAUGUCCAUAUAUAAUCAACUGCUGAAACGUACUCUAAGCGAAAUUGAAUUAUUCCGAGUAUUUUCACUGUCUAGUGAAUUUAAACACAUUAAUGUCAGAGAAGAAGAGAAAUUAGAAUUGCAGAAGUUGAUGGAGAGAGUACCUAUUCCAGUAAAGGAAAGUAUAGAAGAAGCGAGUGCGAAAGUCAAUGUACUCCUACAAGCAUACAUUUCUCAACUGAAACUCGAAGGAUUUGCUCUCAUGUCUGAUAUGGUAUUCGUCACUCAAUCUGCAUCGCGAUUAAUGAGAGCAAUUUUUGAAAUUGUUUUGUUUCGCGGUUGGGCACAACUAGCCGACAAAUGUUUGUCGUUGUGUAAAAUGAUAGAUCGCAGAAUGUGGCAAUCGAUGUCGCCUCUAAGGCAAUUUAGAAAAAUGCCUGAAGAAAUUGUAAAGAAGAUAGAAAAGAAGAACUUCCCGUGGGAGAGAUUAUACGAUCUUGGACCAAAUGAAAUUGGAGAAUUGAUUCGAGUACCAAAACUUGGUAAAACUAUUCAUAAAUAUAUACAUCAGUUUCCAAAAUUGGAAUUAUCGACCCAUAUUCAACCAAUCACACGGUCUACUUUAAGAGUAGAAUUAACUAUUACGCCUGACUUCCAAUGGGACGAAAAGAUACACGGUGCUUCGGAAGCAUUCUGGAUUUUAGUUGAAGACGUGGAUUCCGAAGUGAUACUUCAUCACGAAUAUUUCUUAUUGAAAGCUAAAUAUGCAGCGGACGAACAUUUGAUCAAAUUUUUUGUGCCUGUGUUCGAACCCUUACCGCCACAAUAUUUUUUACGCGUUGUAUCGGAUAGAUGGAUCGGAGCAGAAACCCAAUUACCUGUUAGUUUUCGUCAUUUAAUUUUACCUGAAAAGAACUUACCGCCAACCGAAUUACUCGAUUUGCAACCACUUCCAGUUACCGCUUUGCGUAACUCGAAAUUUGAAACUAUCUAUACGGAUAAGUUUCCACAGUUCAAUCCAAUUCAAACACAGGUAUUUAACGCUGUUUACAAUUCAGACGAUAAUGUUUUUGUUGGAGCACCCACAGGCUCGGGAAAAACUACCAUCGCUGAGUUCGCUGUGUUACGUUUACUCAGUCAGAAUCCAGAAGGUAGAUGCGUGUACAUGGUUAGCAAGGAAGCUUUGGCAGAAUUGGUCUAUACUGACUGGUCGAUCAAAUUUAAUCAACAGUUGGGCAGGAAGGUGGUUCUGCUAACCGGUGAAACAGGAACAGACCUUAAAUUACUUGCGAAAGGACAAAUCAUUAUUACGACUGCGGAUAAAUGGGAUGUAUUAUCGCGAAGAUGGAAACAAAGAAAAAAUGUGCAAAAUAUUCAACUCUUCAUCGUUGAUGAGCUCCAAUUAAUUGGCGGCGAGGAAGGACCCGUACUAGAAGUAGCAUGUUCAAGAGCACGUUAUAUUUCUUCGCAAUUGGAUAAACCCACCAGGAUUAUAGCAUUAUCAGCUUCACUCGCGGAUGCUAAAGACGCAGCUCAAUGGUUAGGUGCACCUGCUGCUGCAACUUUCAAUUUUCACCCAUCCGUUAGACCUGUACCUUUAGAAUUACACGUCCAAGGAAUAAAUAUUACUCAUAACGCAUCCAGACUGGCUGCUAUGGCAAAACCAGUGUAUAAUGCGAUACUUCGGUACGCUUCUCAUAAGCCAGUUAUUGUUUUCGUACCUACUCGCCGUCAAGCUAGAUUAACGGCUAUUGAUUUAUUGACAUUCACCGCAGCUGAGGGACAACCUUCACGAUUUUUCCAUGCGGAAGAAGUUGAUAUCAAACCGUUCCUAGAUAGAAUGACUGAUAAAACUUUGAAAGAAACGCUUUCGCAAGGAGCUGCUUACCUACACGAAGGAUUAUCUGUAGAUGAUCGACGUCUCGUUGAACAGCUCUUCGAUAGCGGUGCUAUCCAAAUAGCAGUUGUCACGAGAGAUCUUUGUUGGGAUUUAUCAAUCAGUUCCCAUCUUGUAGUCGUCAUGGACACCCAGUGUUACAAUGGAAAGACACACGCCUAUGAGGAUUAUCCUAUUACAGAUGUUUUACAAAUGGUAGCACGUGCAAAUCGCCCAUUGGAGGAUGACGAUGCUAAAUGUAUUCUUCUUUGUCAGAGUUCCAAAAAAGACUUUUUCAAGAAGUUUCUGAACGAACCUUUGCCCGUGGAAAGUCAUCUGGAUCACAGAUUACACGAUCAUUUCAAUGCUGAAAUAGUGACCAAAACGAUUGAAAAUAAACAAGAUGCUGUCGAUUAUCUUACAUGGACUUUCUUGUAUAGGCGGCUCACACAAAAUCCAAAUUAUUAUGGAUUGCAGGGUGUUACCCAUAGGCAUCUAUCAGAUCAUUUAUCCGAAUUGGUUGAAAGUACUUUGAGUGAUUUAGAACAAGCGAAGUGUGUUGCCGUCGAAGAUGAAAUGGAUACUUUGCCCUUGAAUCUUGGAAUGAUCGCUGCUUAUUAUUAUAUCAAUUACGCAACGAUCGAAUUAUUCAGUCUUUCUUUGAAUAAUAAGACCAAAAUCAGAGGUUUAUUAGAGAUCAUUUCGGCAGCGGCUGAAUAUGAAACUGUUCCAGUUAGACAGCGGGAAGAAAAUCUAUUGAGAAGUUUAGCUGCACGCUUGCCGCAUGCUCCGCAAGCUACAAGAAUGGCCGAUCCUCAUGUGAAAGCACAGCUUUUGCUGCAAUCACACUUAUCCAGAAUACAACUUGGUCCAGAACUUCAAAAGGAUACCGAAUUAGUGUUAAAUAAAGCUGUAAGGUUAAUUCAAGCUUGCGUAGAUGUCCUCAGUUCAUCUGGUUGGUUAGCACCUGCAGUUGCUGCUAUGGAAUUGGCGCAAAUGGUCACUCAAGCAAUGUGGUCUAAAGAUUCUUAUUUAAAACAGUUGCCACACUUUACUUCUGAAACUAUCAAACGUUGUACAGACAAAGGAGUGGAAACUGUAUUUGAUGUAAUGGAACUAGAGGAUGAUGAUAGAAAUCGUCUCUUACAGUUGUCCGAGUCACAAAUGGCGGAUGUUGCUAAAUUCUGCAAUCGUUAUCCUAACAUAGAAAUGUCCUAUGAAGUUCAAGACAAAGAUAAGUUGCGCAGUGGUGGUACAGUCAAUGUUAUCGUUCAGCUUGAAAGAGAAGACGAAGUUACAGGGCCAGUCGUGGCACCAUAUUUCCCACAGAAACGCGAAGAAGGCUGGUGGGUUGUUAUCGGUGAUCCAAAGACUAAUUCUUUACUGUCUAUUAAAAGAUUGACACUACAACAGAAAGCAAAGGUCAAGCUUGAUUUUGUAGCACCGGCUCCUGGACAACAUUCCUAUACUUUGUAUUUUAUGAGUGAUGCUUACCUAGGAUGCGAUCAAGAAUACAAAUUUAGCAUAAACGUUGAAGAGUAUGAGUCAGAUGCCAGUUCAGGCUCAGAGUCAGACUGAGAAAAUUAAUUCACAUUAAGUGUUACACAUUUCACGUUCAUUAAUUGGGAUUAGCGUGUUACUAUUAAAAGAAAUUCAUAGUGAUCCCAUUUUCAUUAUUCAAUUUUAUAUACAAAAUAUCAUCAAUCAAUGUAUUUAAAAACAGAUAAUGAUAAAGUAGCGACAAGUAAGAUUGUAUUGACACGGGAACAUUGUAUAUAUACAUAUAAUUUUGUAUUCAAACAGAAAUUUGUAGCAAACAAUUGUCUCUAACCAUCGACAGUCGGGAAAAAAGAACAGUUAAUUGAAUGUAAUUUUAUGUAUGUAGUUUUAAUUUUCUCUUUUUUUUUUAGUAUUUAAAUAUGUACAAUAAUAAAUACAAAAAAGAAAAACAAGGAAUUCAUCUUAUUAACCUCAUAAAAAUAAUAAAUUUGAUAUAUUAACUGAUAUGAUGUAGUGUUAUAAAGCAACGAAUCGUAUUAAUUAUGUAUUUAGAAAAAAAAUAGAAAAUAAUUAAUUAAAUGAUAUCAGUGGCGCUAUCUUACUGUAAAGGUUGGAACUAUUUUCACUACAAACUUGGGCGU